AUGACUUUGUCAAAUUUGCAUGAUACAUCUCUUUGUGGUCUAGAAGAAGACAGUUCUUCUAUAGUAAAUAAUCUUGAAUAUAAUUUAAACUCUGUGACCACGCAUCAUGUUUCGAGUAAAGAUAAAGAUUGCAUUCAUAAUAAUAAUAAUAAUCAGAGUGAAAAGAAAGAUGUAAAUUGUAUUGCUGCUUACAAUAAUAGCGGCUAUAACAGAUUUAUCCCUCAGCCUAUAACCCCUACCAUUUCGUCGAGAAAAGGCAUAGGCGUUACAUUGAAAUCUGCAGAAACUGGUGCUUUUACGGGUGAAUUUCAAAUUCUUGAUGAACAAGUUCAAUAUUGGAUUCAACAUGCAAAUAAUAGAUAUGAUAAAAGAUGUAUGUUACAAAUUAGAUCAGAAUCAACCAGUAGUUCAAAAAAAGAAGAUGUAUUGUUCCCUCCUAGUUAUUGUUUGGUUCAAUUAAUUGAGCCUAAAGGAUUAUCUGUCAUCAGUGAUAUUGAUGACACUAUUAAAGUUACUGGUGUCUUAGCAGGUACUCGAUCAAUACUAUCAAACACUUUUUUUAAACCUACACGUGCAGUAUAUGGUAUGGCUGAUGUUUAUUCCCGUUGGUAUAAUCAUGGUGUUGCGUUUCAUUAUGUUUCGAAUAGUCCCUUUCAACUUAUUCAUGUGUUGCAUCAAUUCAUGAGAAACCAUAAUUUUCCACCAGGAAGCUUUCAUUUAAAAAAUACGUUUACUUUUAUUUCUAAAUUUGUAGAGACCUCAGGAAGGUUUAAAGUAGGGACGAUAUGCCGUAUUAUACAUGAUUUCCCACAUCGAAUGUUUGUCCUUGUUGGGGAUUCUAGUGAAAUGGAUUUAGAAAUUUAUACUCAAAUUGCUAUAAAAUUCCCUAAUCGAAUACUGAAGAUCUUUAUUCGUGACAUGACAAGUCAAGCAAAUAUGGAACAGAUGAAGAAGAAGAAGAAAAACAAGAAGAAGAAGAUUAACAACAAGCGAAGGUCAUCUACUUCUCCGUCGCUUUUCUCCAAUAGUACCAAAAAGCAAAAGGAAGAUAAUCAACGAAGCCAAUCUGCGCCUAUCCGGUCUAACUCUACACCUGUCUUUACCUUUUCACAAUUAUCAAAAAAUAAUAAGGUAGACGAUGAUAAUGAGGAGGAGGAGGAGGACGACGACGACGACAACGACGAGCAAGUGGCUUCUAAAUUAGCGAAUUUAGGCUUCAUAUCUGAAGAAAACUCAUCUACAAGUUAUAAUAACUUGUCUAUAACUAAAUCAUCCCCAGAUAAUAUCUCAAGCUUUACUGACUAUCAUCCUACGUCCUCGGACCCUCUACAUCUAUAUACACGUGUUGCUCAUGCACGAAAACUACUUAAGCAUGUUGAUAUUGUCCUAUUUAAAGAUGCAAGUGAACUUUUGACAGAUGAAGACAUACUGGCUCACUUGUAA